AUUACAACACUAUAACUGUUAUUAUACAUUUCUCGAUCGAUAUUUAUUUAAUUACGAUGAAUUCGAACAAUGCUAGGGAAUAAUACUCAUCAAGUUUAUGCGAUGUGAGACGGAAUUAUUUCCCAUCACAAUUAGGAAAUUCCUUUCCGAAAUUUAGAACCUUAGUUUUGUAUAUAUAAUAACAAAGAUUGAUUCUGCAGACCAUGACUCAUUAACGGUAAUAACUACCUCCUCCCCUGCACUGGGAGAGAGAGGGAUUAAGAGAAGGGAGGGAAGAACUCAAAACAACAAAAUAAAAUAAAAAAUUCGUUUUAACCCCUCCCACGAAUCAGAAUUCUCAAUAUGAUUUCCUGCUAAGCCAAAGAAACCCAUUGCGCAUUCUCCUGAUCCAGGACUACCCAUUUUCUUGAAUUCGUAGAAUUAAUUCUCUCGAAGGAGGAACGAGAAGAGGGGAAAUGGAGGAACUGGAGUCAGGGGUUCUUGUGAAAUUCCUGCAACGAAUGAACGUCCAUGGCAAAAAGCUGCUACGGGAUCCAGAUCCCGUCCUGUUACAGAUCAGAAGCAUCAUCCCGGUGUUGAAAGACGGCGAAAUUUACCCCAAUCAGGGCUUCUUCCUCAAGAUUUCAGAUUUGACCCACGCCAUGUUCGUCUCGCUGCCGCAAGAACAGGACGAAAUGAUCCUCUGCAACAAAUUACAUCUAGGACAGUUCAUAUACGUUGAGAGGUUAGAGGCCGCGUAUCCUGUCCCGAUGAUCAAAGGCGUGAGGCCGAUUCCAGGGAGGCAUCCUUGUGCUGGGCAUCCCAAAGAUCUCCUCCCCAGCGAGAACCUCGAGAAAUUUCUUGGGGUUUCCAAGUUGGAAUCCAUCGGCGAAUACUGCGGCGGCGGCGGCGGUAUCGAACAAUCGGACAAGGGGAAAACCCUAACGGCUCCCAGGGUGAGUGUAAACGAGAUGAGGGACAGAAUCAAGACACUGAGCUGGACGAUUGAAGACAACGGCGUUGAAGCCGAGAAGCAGAAGAAGAAGGAGGCGUCGAGCAAGAAAUCGCGGCCGGCGGGCAGUGCUCCCAAGGGGAACGAGGUGAAGAAGAGCAAGAGCCUCUUGAAUUACAGGCCUAGAGGGAUGGAUGUGGAGAGCACUCUGAGUUUGAGGGGUAAGAAGAACGAAGAGAUGUGGUUGCGGAAGAACAAUCCGAACGUAUCGAGGAAUGCGGAUAGGGAUAGUGAUUGCGAGAGUACAUUGACGACGAGCACCGGAGCUGUGAGCAGGAAGAGCUGGAAUAAUGAUGUUGAAGUUGUGAGAAUGGUGGAUACUGCUGAUACUUGUAAUUCUUCAGUUCAAUUGUCAAUGAAUGAUAGCUCAGAUGAAAAUUCGAGCUGCAAAACUAUGAGGAGAGUUGUUAGUAUGACUAUGAACAGGCCAUCGAAAUAUGUCAGCAAGAAUUUUGUGUCAGCACCAAGGCGAUUGAGUGAAGAUUUCUCAAGUCAGAAUGCGAUUUCGAGUUCCACAGUUGAUAAGCACACAGAUGAUAACAGGCCAUCCUGGGAUUAUCUUCCUUCCACCUUGGUCAAAAUCGGACAGGAUGUGCUCAUCCAGAGGGACCUAGCUCUUUCUACAGCAGUGGAAGCUUUACAAGAGGCUUCAGCUGCUGAGAGAUUGCUCAAAUGCCUGAGCAUAUAUUCGGAACUUCAAGCAGCUGAGGUUGGUGACCAGCAUCUAGCAAUCGACAAGUUCUUCAGGCUUCAAGAGGAUCUGACUCAGACGCAGCAGAUCUUCCGGUCACUAACGAAUGUUAUCCCACCGAUAACAUCUCCAGACGAUGAACACAACCCUCAUUUUGUGAUGGAAGGACACAAGCUGGCAUCAGACAGAAAGCAAAAUGCAGCAUCAUGGAUAAAAGAAGCUUUAGCAUCCGAUCUCAGCCCAGUUUCAGCCCGCUUGGAGGCCAUCAACAACGGCAAUCAAGAAGCCAGAAAAUCCAACAAAUCAAGCCACAAGAGUCACAAAGCCAAAGGCGGUAUAGUGGUUAUAAGGAAGCAAAAGAGUAGUAGUCCCAACAUGGUGUUUGAGAUGGCGCAACACGGGGGCAACCAACCAAGCUGGGUCAAGGGAAGUGCAUUGCCAGUUUCCAUGGAACUCGCCAGCUCGCUGAGCGAAGAAUGCAGGACUUGGUUCUUCACCUACGUUGAGGACUAUUUGGAAUGGGUUAGCAGAAGGAUCGUCUCUGCUGAGAGAUCGGAUGGGCAGGCAGCCGAAAUGAUGUACCAGAUCAAGAGAGUGAAUGAGUUCCUGGACAGAAGAUGUCUUCAGGAUGGAUCCAUGUUGAAAGAUUAUGAAUCGGAAGCUUGUGGGAGGAUUAGGAACAAGAUUUGUGGGAUUCUACUCAAACAUGUGGAGAAAACUUCCCUGCACUCCAUGCCUGAAGGUUGGCAGUAAAGUAAGUGAGUGAGGGUAAUGGCCAUAUCCUUUUGUAGGAAGGGUUUCAUAACCUGAAACAUGUAACUGGAGAAAUCCGUAUAUCAUGUUUCCUUGUAGAAGAUACUCUUUUGUACUCAUACCAGAGUUUUUUUUCUUUUUUUUCCAUUCUAACUCCGAAAAGAUGGUCUACGGAAUGAAUCAGUCCUCCUUCCUCCAGUAAGCUCUUCAAAAGUUUCAUUUCUCACAAAUAUUGAAAUGUUUAGGUGCUUCAUUGGUUAUUUUUUAAUUGCUUAAGUCUGGAUCAGUUCAGACUGGGCUUACACUUCUAGUACAUUGACUGAUAGGUUUGGGCUUAAAGCCCAUUAUAUCCUUUAACGUACAGAAGUACGUGCGUGUUUAAGGGGUAAAUGUCAGAUUUGAUCACUGUGAUUACUAAAUUGUGUUAUAUUUGGUCACUAUAAAAACAUAUUAAUUUUGGUCACCCGAAUUACUGAAAUAGGUCAUAUUUAGUCACUCUCAGUUAUUCCCCGUCAGUCUUCGUUAACACUGUCAGUCAAUUGCUUAAGUGGGUAACAUAAGUGAUGACUCACCCUUUUUUAACCCGCAAUGUCACCAAACCCGACCCGCCACGUCACUCAAAUGCAAAAAAAAAAAAAAAAUGGAUUUAACAACAAAACAAUCUAAAAUUGCAGAUUCGACAACAUUGAAUUGCAAAUUCAUCAACAAAUUGACAGAGUUUUCCCACCAACCAUUUGGAUGGCGACGUAUGUUGCUCUGGUCGCAGAGGAGAUGGACGGCAGGGCGGAGGCUAGUCUGCAGAGGGAGAUUAGCAAGGCGGAACUCUCGGUCAGCAGCGAUGAUUCACAAGCGGGGAGAAGAUGCAGGGACCAAGACUCUCAAUUAGCAGCGGGGAUUCCGACUGAGCGCAACGACUAAGGAGAAAAAGCAGCAGAGUGGGUGGAUUCCACUCGUCCUCGAUCUGGAUUCUGGCAAGGAGGAAGUGAAGGCGACUAUGGGAUAGAGGAGAAGCCGACUAGGGUUUUGGAGGGGAAAGAGAGCUCAAAUUCGAAACGGAAAGAAGCAGCACGAGAGGUGGUUGUCCCAGAUCUUUGCUUUAUUUGCCGGAUAGAGAGGCUCGGAGUUGCCGCCAAAGAAGUAGAGCACGUUGACUUGGAAGAGCAUGGCGACGAGUUUGUUUCCGUCACGUGAGGACUAGGAAGAGGGAGAAGAAGAAUACAUGUCGUGGAACCCAUUGUCGGUGUUGUAGAUCUGGAUUCCUGUUGUCGAGACCUGUGAAGAAGCAUCCGCAGUCAUGGUUGAAGGAGAGGUGGUAGACGAAAGGGACCUCUACGGUGGGGGCGACGUCUUCGACGGGUGACUAAACAUGACACGAUUUAGUAAUCCCGGCGACCAAAUGUGGUAUUAACCUAUGUUCAAGUAAUACAAAAAAUUGGUUCCAUUUUAACAGAGAAAGGAUUUCUAUCACUCGAAUUCUUCAUCGAUUUGCUCGAUUACGAUUUGAUCACAGAAAAGGGAGAUUUCUGAAAAGAAGCCGAUCGGUCUCGCGCUCGACCCGAUCCAACAUCUUGAACGAAUAAUACUAAUACCCCGAGGCCACGAGCAGCAAGUGGUGGUUUGCAACAACUUGUACUAUAUUGUCACCCGAAGCUUAAUGGACACCCCUCCCCGCCUCCCGAGUGGCACAUGGAAGCUGGAGUAUUGACGCGGCGGUGUUUAUGGCACAAAUUUGGGAUAUGAGGUUGUUGUCAACGUCGGAAAUGUUUCCUACUUUUGUUUCUCUCCUGUGAGAGGAUUUGUUUCCUGGGUUUCAGAGUAUAUUUCUUUGUAUGAACUCUGGGUGAGAAAAAAAAGGUGAGUUCAAUGGUGUCUCCGUGACGGGUUCCAGAGGCAAAGCGGUGGUGUUUGGCUUACAAUUUAGCUUGUCUUUGUUUUGAAAUAAUGGAUUGGCAGGUGC